AUGGCUUUCCCGGGAGCUGCGAGACCUAUCCUGGCGUCAUCUCUUCUGCCUCCUGAUCACGAUGCCAAAAUAACAGCCAGCUCUUUGGAUGAAGAUGAAUGGCGACUUGGCCCUGAAAUAUACGGUGAUGAUGCCUUGGAGAAGCCCGCAGCGGCCCUUGUAUCUGCCGGACACAUAAUGGGAAUAUCUUCCCUAAUACCCCAGUUAGACUAUAAUGGUCCAAUGCCGGGAGAUGGGGGUGGUGUUCGAGAAUGGGUUGAUGAGGCAUCCGAGUUUGGCCAAAUACUCAGCGCCGUCGAUCAGGUAUCAGAUUUGCUCUUCAAAAUCGAACAACAGCAGCAUGGGACGGAGAAUAAGAAUAACAGCUCUGAUGUGGAACAGGAGAUAAGCGGUUCUCCUGCCAGCCAAACUAAGGUGCAGUUAGAAAAUGAUCAUGAGAAGGAAGACGGUAACGAAGCGCCAAUUCUCCUCCUCAUCGAAGGAAUGGAUCUGGCAUUGCGAGAAACAAUCCGUGCAUCUGAUGUAGAUGGUGCCGGUGCACAAUUAUCUGCAUUUCUUCGCACUCUUACCCUCCUUUGCCAAACAUACAACGCUCUAUUGACAAUAAUCAUCGUCAAUUCCAUCCCUCUUCGUCCGCAACCUCCAAUGUCCUUGCAACUAUCAGCAGAAGAACUGCAUGCUCAGCUACGAGCUGGAACGACCCUUGUCGAAACGCCGUUGACGUCACCAUAUAGGAUUGAAGAUAUGGAAACUCCAGUCGAGUCUGUUUUCGAUACUCCUCCUGAUCCCCGGUUGAUGAAAGCGUCUCCAUACCCAUCCAACCAGCAUUUAUCUCUUCUCGCCGACGUGAUUGGUGAAGGGAUUGAUAUACAUUUAGUUGUCUCGAAGGUAGAGAAUGAACGGAUAAUCGAAGUGGUCAAGGACAGGGUGGGAGAUAACCUUGGACGUUGGGAUGUUUUCUAG